CUGGCAUCAGGGUGCCGCGAGAAAAUUGUGCUAGAGAGCCCAAGACAGCUUUUAUCAUUCUAGCAUGGCAAAUGAAGAAGAUGACCCAAUUAUACAAGAGAUUGAUGUGUAUCUGGCCAGAAGCCUGCUGGAGAAGCUCUAUCUAUUUCAGUAUCCAAUUCGUCCCUCUUCCAUGACCUACGAUGAUGUGAUGCAUCUGUCAGCAAAAAUAAAACCAAAGCAGCAAAAGGUUGAACUUGAAAUGGCCAUUGAUACUUUGAAUCCCAACUAUUGCCGCAGCAAAGGAGAACAGAUUGCUCUUAACGUGGAUGGGACCUGCACAGAUGAAACCAAUACAUAUUCCUCGAAGCUCAUGGACAAGCAAACCUUCUGCUCUACACAGGCUGCCAGUAAUUUUUCCCGCUAUGCUGCUGCUAUCUAUAGGAAAGGGGAACUUCAUUUAACUCCACUACAUGGAAUUCUACAGCUGAGGCCAAGUUUCACCUACUUGGAUAAAGCUGAUGCCAAACACAGGGAGAGAGAAGCUGCUAACGAAGGUGGUGAUUCAUCUCAGGAUGAGGCUGAAGAUGACGUCAAGCAAAUAACUGUAAGAUUCUCCCGACCAGAGUCGGAGCAAGCCCGCAAGCGACGUGUUCAGUCCUACGAGUUCCUGCAGAAGAGACAAGCUGAAGAGCACUGGGUCCAUCUGAAUUAUUAUGGGUUAAGGGACAGCCGUUCCGAACACGAGCGCCAGUAUUUAUUCAGUCAAAGUCAUGGCAUGGCAGAGAACACUGAAUUAAUUAAAUCACCCAGUGAAUACCUAAUGAUGCUGAUGCCUCCGAGCAUAGAGGAAGAAAAUGACAAACCUGUGGCUCCAAGCAAUGUGCUUUCUAUGGCACAACUGAGAACUUUACCACUUGCCGAUCAAAUUAAGAUACUGAUGAAGAAUGUGAAGGUCAUGCCUUUUGCAAACCUUAUGAGCUUAAUGGGUCCUGGGAUUGAUUCGACUGCAGUUUUACGUUGCAUACAGCAGGUGGCAAUGCUGGUUCAGGGAAACUGGGUGGUGAAGAGCGAUGUCCUCUAUCCAAAAGACACUUCCAGCCCACAUAGUGGAGUCCCUGCAGAAGUGCUUUGUAGAGGGAGAGACUUUGUUAUGUGGAAGUUUACACAGGAUCGCUGGGUUGUGCGAAAGGAAGUAGCUACAGUUACCAAACUUUGCCCAGAAGACGUGAAAGACUUUUUGGAGCACAUGUCAGUUGCAAGAAUAAACAAAGGCUGGGAAUUCUUGCUUCCUUAUGACGAAGACUUUGUUAAAAAACACCCAGAUGUCGUUCAGAGGCAGUACAUGCUGUGGACGGGCAUUCAGGCCAAGUUGGAAAAGGUCUAUAAUCUUCUAAAAGAACAUAUGGCACCAAAGAAACAUGAGGCACAAUCAGCUCACCCAUUGGUGGUUUCCGGGGAACAGCGGGUCAACAUGGCUAAAGCGAAAGUCAAACAGAACUAUGGGCAGCUGGAGAAAGAUCUGCAGAAGCAAAAGGCAGAGAGCAAGCCAAAUGAUGCUUCGCCCAAAAUGGAUAUUUCCAACAUCCGCAUUAAAGAGGAGCCUGUGAGCGAUGAGGAGCCCAUGGACACCUCUGCCUAUGAGAGCAUGAACAAUGGAGUAGUCAAUGGCAUCCACUCUGAGGCGAGCUCCACGGACUCCUUAAAUGGCCACUUGCCUGGAGGGUGCAUGGAUGGAGUCGCACAAGAACUGAAAGCAUUUGUGUUGACAACUUUUAAGAAACAGUUUGUCCUCACUCUGAGUGAGCUGAAACGGUUAUUUUAUCUGCACUUGGCCAGUCUGCCCCCGGGACACAUGUUUAGUGGCAUUUCAGACAAAAUGUUACAAGACAUGGUAUUGGACACUGGCUGCAAGCAGAUUUUGGUGCCUUUUCCCCCACAGACUGCUGCUUCGCCAGAUGAGCUAAAGGUUUAUGCACUUUGGGAAGCCGGGGACGUUUAUGAUCAGCAUCGGCAGGUGCUGCUUGAAAUUUUUUCCAAAAAUUACCGAGUGCGCAGGAACGUCAUCCAGAAUCAGCUGAGUCAAAAUCUAAACAAGCAGGAGGUGGAUAGAGUGUUAAAGGAUUGCUGUGUAAGCUAUGGUGGAAUGUGGUACCUUAAAGGGACGGUGCAGUCUUGACAAUGGUGAUAUGCUUUGUACUCCAAGGUGUCUCCAGGACGGAGGAGGAAAACUGCAAAGGGUGGUAAAGACAGUGAAAUGCCUUUGCUUGAGGGAGCAUGGGGCAGGAUCUAGCCAUGUGGGCAUUGCAGAAAGACAGUUAUUGAUGUCACAUUAUUCACACACCUGUUUGCAUGGUUGCCUAACUGCAGAGAACAAGUAGGAAGAAAACAUGGGACCUAUUUGCGGUUUGAUUAAUUUGGGAUUCCUAAUGUAUUUUGCUUCUCGUUCUGUUUCAUUAUAAUAAAAUAAAAGUAUAUGCUGAUAGACAUGAUGGUAAAUCAUGGUCUAAUAUCUUAUUUUGUAACUAAUGCCAAUAAAUUGUAAGUCUUUGUUUACAAACAUCUGAUUUUUAUUAAAUGCCUAGAAGCUCAUGCUUUAGUCUUUGAGUGUCAAAGCACCCCUCAGGCCGACUUAAAUACUAAUGUUCAUUGAAGUGUUUAUAUGAGUGGGUUUGUGCAGCAGUUGGGGGCGAAGCUGUCUUUAAACAUUGUACUACAUUCUACGUAGCAGAAACAGUUUCAUCAAUUGUUUAUGUGAAAUGAGUUGUGUGAGAAGUAGUCAUAUGAAACAGAUGUGGAUUAUUCCAGUCUUCUUUUUUGCAUUACUGUAUGCAGAUCUGGCAAGGUAAGUCACCUUCUGCACCAUUGGAAAGGCGUCCCAUGGUAAUUACCACACUUGGCGAUAAUGUAAAAUCUAUAUUUUGUGUAAUUUUUUUCAAAAAAAUAAAAUUUAAUCUUGAAGGU